UUUCUCUCUAUAUGUAUUUUAUGUGUCGAGCAAUAAUAGUAGGACAUUUAAGUCGAUAUUGCUCUCUUUAAAGCUUUCUCUCAAGAACAUUCUUACCUUCCAUAAGUAUUAAGAGAACAUUUUUUCAGCAACGUAGUUAUUAUCCAAACUAAUUCUAAUACAUUGAUUUAUAUUUUUAACCAUUGAGAUUAUCGUUAUUUUUUGUAAUUACCGUUGCAACCUGCAUUUCUCUAUUAAUAUUAGUAUUAUUUUAUUAUAUAAUAUUGACAGUAUUAAUUAAUUUGAAAGCAAAUCAUUUCUUAUUAAUAUUACUGUUAUUGACUGAAAUUGCAAACAUAAACACACCUACACUUUAUAUGCAUACUUAAAAUAAACACAUAUAAAUUCAAUUAUAUAUAUAUAUAUCUACAUAUCCACACACAAGUACUUUAUUUUUCCCCUUUGCUCGGUCGAUCGUUCCCCCACACAGGGAAACCUUUUAAUUGUUCGCCUACUUAACUAGCCGGGAGUGCUUUGUCCCUUCCCCCGUGGUGGAAGGGGUCUGAAAUACUGCAGACAUUGGGCGCAUCACCAGUAAACACGUCAAAGUGACUGUGUCGCAGAAAAGUCCUUCGACUCCGAGGCGAGAACAUCGCCAUAAGACGGUCACUGGAGGCGCUGGCGAGGAGGACACGAUGAACCAUGUUAAUGGCAAGACGGCAGACACACAGGAGGCUGAGCAGCCACUACUGCACCAACAACAACAACAACCGCAAGAUGUUGAGAUGGAAUCCAGAGAGGAAGAAACUCAACAUCACGGUGAUACUCCAAUGAAUAUUGUAAAUGGUGAUAUUCAAGAUUCAGGCAAUAGAGAUGAGGAAAUGGAAGAAGAUGAAAGCCGUGCAGAAGCUCAAUUCCAGUUUACUAUUGAGAAUAUUAGUAAGCUAAAAGAAACUGUGCUAAGUCCACCAUGUAUGGUCAGGAAUUUACCAUGGUAAGCUUUUUUUAAAUGUUAAU